CGACGAAACCCCUUACCUUUUUUUUUUUUUUAAAAAAAAAUUAUUUUCCAUGAUGUUUUGGUUUAAUUUUUCUUGGGUUUUGAUGUCUUAUCUAUUAUUACCUCGGAACUUAAUGAAUUAACCCUCUUAGUUAAAAUUUGGGUUCGAUUUGAAAAGUUUGUGAAUUUAGUAGUUCUUGAGGUUGGAAGUUUGAAUUUUGAACUACUUCGGAUGGAGUUAGAAAAAUCCCUAUUAUGGAUAAAUUGCAUACUAGCCGCAUAUUCACAUUCUUUGACCCCAUGUGUUAGAAGCCUAUGAAUCUUAAUUACGAAAAUAUAAUGAUGGUGGGGAUGGACGUGAAAUGAGUGCCAAGCGUCAGCGGGUUGUUGAACAGGGUUCUUCAUUCUAUGGGGCUUCCCCUGGUUCAAGCUUCAUGUACAAUCCAACUCCUUAUGCAUAUGUAGGACAGCCUCCACCUUUUCCUGUUGUAAAACUGCGUGGUCUUCCAUUUGAUUGCACGGAAACUGAUGUGGCCGAGUUCUUCCAUGGUCUGGACAUUGUCGAUGUUCUUUUUGUCCACAAGAAUGGCAAGUUCACAGGGGAAGCAUUUUGUGUCCUGGGGUAUCCUCUUCAGGUUGAUUUUGCACUUCAAAGAAAUAGGCACAACAUGGGAAGGAGGUAUGUUGAGGUUUUUAGAAGUAAGAGGCAGGAAUAUUACAAGGCAAUAGCAUAUGAAGUUUCAGAUGCUCGUGGUGGUUCCCCUCGCAGAAGUAUCCCGAGGGCUAAAUCUUAUAGUGAAGGGAAGGAAACAGCUGAACAUACAGGGGUGUUGCGAUUGAGGGGGCUGCCAUUUUCUGCUGGAAAGGAUGACAUAAUUGAGUUCUUUAAGGAUUUUGUGUUGUCAAAAGACUCGGUCCAUUUUACAAUGAAUUCAGAAGGAAGGCCAACCGGAGAAGCAUUUGUGGAGUUUGCGAAUGCAGAAGAUUCUAAGGCAGCAAUGGCAAAGGAUAGGAUGACACUUGGGAGUCGAUAUAUAGAAUUGUUCCCAUCAUCACACGAGGAGUUGGAUGAAGCUUUAUCAAGAGGACGAUGACUCCCAGUUGGAUCUCUGUUACCAAUUGCUGUUUCUUAGUUGUUUUCCCCUUUUAAUUGUAUGAAAUUUUGUUUCAUAACUUCCAAUUAGAUGUUGUAUGUUUCCAGAUUGUUGUUUGGUAGUAACAUUUAUAUGUUUUAGAAUUAGACAAGAAGCUAUGCAUAUUUAGUUAGAUUUUGGUUACA